CCCGUAGCUACAGAUAAACCCUGCAACGGCUUCUCUUCUUCUUCUUCUUCAAUUCUAUGUGGGUAGAAGAAGAAGCAAAGUACCAUGUUUAUGGAGCUUUUUUUCAACACCUCUUGCAAUUUCGAAACCCUUACCUUGAUUUCUCCUCCUUUACACUCUUGUAACUUUGGUUCUAGCUCUCUCUUCUUCUCUCCUCGUCGCGUAACCUUGUUCCCGUCUUACCACGGUGGCGGCGUCGCUGUGUCGGCCUCGUUUCAGCACGGUGACUCGAGCCCUAGCUCUAAUUCUUCGCAGAGUAAUCAUGAGGACCAUAUCUCUCUCGCGCAGGAAUCCAUUUCUGGGUUUCUCCGACACGAGGUUGGGCUCUCCGAAGCGGAUUCAGAUUUCAUCUCUGAGAAUUCUCCAAAAUACACGCGAAUGAUCGUAGAGGGUGUUAGGGAAUUGGAGGAGUGGAAUUCGUGGAAGGGGAGUGGGGAAUCGGAGGGUUUAGGGUUUAAAGAGAAAGUGAUAUAUAUGGUGAAGCAGAAGGGCGAUGGUGGGAAAGUUGCGUUUUUGGAGAGUCUCGGUUUGAGUUUGUCUUCUGCAACGUAUUUGGCUCAUUACCUCGCCUCUGAAUCGCUCCCGAAACUUCUCGAUAAGGUUAAGUACCUGAAGGAAAUAUUCUUUUCUGGCAGUGAUGAGAAAGGUCCGGUAGGAAAGUAUGCACGACGAAUGAUGCUCUACUUAUCCAUUCCUAUUGAUGAAGAUGUGCAGCAAACUCUGUCCUUUUUCGAAAAGAUUGAAGCAAGACGUGGAGGCUUGGAUAUGUUGGGCUCUGUAGAUGCAUCUUUCAGAUUUCUAAUCGAGUCAUUCCCUCGGCUUCUUCUACUUUCUGAAGAAAAAGAUAUGAAGCCUAUGGUAGAGUUUCUUGAGAGCAUUGGAAUUCCUAAAGAUUGCUUAGGGAAGGUACUUCUCUUGUACCCUCCUAUCAUGCUCAGCAAAACUGAGGAGAUUAAAAGAAGAGUAUCCGCAGCUCUGGACAAGGUUAAUGUGAUGUAUUCGGAUUCUGGUAAAGUGUUGCUGAAGUAUCCGUGGAUUCUAUCACCGAGUAUACAAGAAAACUAUUCAAGCAUCGUCUCGUUACUAGAUCGUGAAUCUGUGCUCAAAAUGGAUAUUGAUCAUGCAAUUAGAAGAUGGCCUUUACUCCUCGGUUGCUCGACGAACAAUAUGAAGUUAAUGGUAGAAGAAUUUGAUAAAUUAGGUGUUAGAAAUAAAAGGAUGGGAAAGGUUAUACCCAAGAUGCCUCAGCUUUUGUUAUGUAAACCUCAAAAAUUUCUCAAGGUUGUUUCCUUUUUGGAAGAUAUGGGAUUUGAAAAGGAAAUCGUGGGUCAAAUCCUCUGUCGAUGUCCUGAGAUAUUUGGCUGCAGCAUCGACAAAACCCUGCAGAAAAAGCUCAUCUUUCUCACUCGUUUCGGUGUUUCCAGUGCCCAGUUUCCACGAAUCAUAAAGAAGUACCCGGAGUUUCUCAUAUACGACGCAGACAAAACACUACUUCCUCGGCUGAAGUACCUGAUGGGGAUUGGGAUAUCACAGAGAGAGAUUGCCUUCAUGAUCCGUAAAUUCUCACCGAUAUUAGGAUACAGCAUCGACAAAGUGCUUAGACCCAAGUUAGAGUUUCUGGUGAAGAGCAUGAAGAAACCGGUUAAAGAGGUGAUAGAGUACCCGAGGUAUUUCAGUUACUCGCUGGAGAAGAGGAUAAAACCGAGGUUUUGGGUACUCAGAGAGAGGAACAUAGAAUGUACAUUACACGAAAUGUUAGGCAAAAACGAUGAAGAGUUUGCUGCUGAUUUCUUGGGUUUAGGGGAGCUUCAAACUCACAAUGAAACCUCUUAGAUUAUAUAGGCUAAAAAGUUUCUCUGAAGCUUCUUCAGUUUUGUUUGUUUUCAUUUUUGUUCAUAUAGCUGCUAGUGUAUUUACUUGUACUCUUCUUGUAUACAACAAAACCGGAUAAAAUUCUAUUUAUUAAAAAAAAAAUGAUGUUGAUAUUUUAUUUUAAGGGC